GCUUAACCUAUAGGACUAGAAGCUUCCAGCUUUCUUUAACCAAAUUACAACGUGUACUCCUGCCCCCGUACCAGGACAGGGCUUUACUAGGGUUUAACCUCUCGUCCUCUCCCUUCCAAGUUCCAUCUCCGUAAUCAAUCCCAUUACCGGAGAAAAAUUCCAAUUUUUUCCCUCUCCUCUGCCAAUAAUCAUUCAGUUCAAUUAAACCAACUACUGCCCAGGGAAAAUCGCUUAAUUCACGGGAACCGGUGAAAUCCGAGGGGGAAAGAAAACGACAUAAUGGUUCGUUCUCGUGGCGUUUACCUCGUGGGUUCUGCCCUUGCUCGCCGCUCUUCUUCAUUGCUUUCUCAACAAUCUGCUCCUCAUUAUGUCUGUAGAAGUUUGCUCAAUUGGAGCUAUAGUAGAGGAUUAACAACUACAACUCGAGGUUGGAAUCAAGCUGGGGCCACCACCAAUUCCUUUCUCCCAAACAACAAAAACGUUAAUUAUAAACUUCGGUUGUCUUUUGGAGCUUUAAAGCCAAAUGGCUUAAGAUCAAUUCAUGGCACAGCUUUCAGCUCAAAAGAUUACUACGAUGUACUUGGUGUCAGUAAGAAUGCGACUCAAUCCGACAUUAAGAAAUCGUACUAUCAGCUAGCAAAGAAAUUCCAUCCAGAUAGUAACAAAGAUGAUCCUGAAGCUCACAAAAAGUUCCAAGAAGUUUCUAAGGCUUAUGAGGUUUUAAAAGAUGAAGAAAAGCGCUCCCUAUACGAUCAGGUUGGACAUGAGGCCUUCGAACAUCAAGGUGACAAUGGUUUCCAACCUGGUGGUGGGGCGGGAUUUGAACAUCCAUUUGGGGACUUCUUCAGAAUGGACGAUAUAUUCGGCAACAUGUUUAAUCAGCAACGGCUUGGUGGCGAAGAUGUCAAGGUUGCUCUUGAGCUAUCCUUCAUGGAAGCUGUUCAGGGAUGCACAAAAAAUAUCACAUUUCAAACUGACGUUCCUUGUGAAACAUGCCGUGGUGAAGGUGUACCUCCUGGUGUAAAACCUCAAAUCUGCAAACGCUGUAAAGGAUCCGGCACGACUAUGCAGGUGUUUACACAAAAAGGGUUUUUCAGUGUUCAGCACACCUGCAAUCAAUGUGGUGGCGCAGGUCAAACUGUAUCGAGCUUUUGCAAGUCAUGUCAAGGGCGCAAGGUAAAAAGAGGGUCAAAAUCUAUCAAAUUGGAUAUAGUACCAGGAGUUGAUGAUAAUGAAACAAUCAAGGUGCCUAGGAGUGGUGGAGCAGACCCUGAUAGAAACCAGCCUGGUGAUCUCCUCGUCAACAUAAAGGUCCGUGAAGACCCAGUCUUCCGCAGAGAAGGUGCUAACAUACAUGUAGAUGCUGUUAUGAGUAUUACCCAGGCAAUUUUGGGGGGAACAAUCCAGGUCCCGACACUCACUGGAGAUGUCGUUGUUAAGGUUCGUGCAGGCACCCAGCCUGGUCAGAAAGUAGUGCUGAAGAAAAAGGGAAUUAAAGCCCGUGGCUCAUAUUCUUACGGCGAUCAGUUUGUGCACUUCAACGUCAGCAUCCCAACGAGUAUAACACCAAGGCAACGUGAAUUGCUGGAGGAGUUCACCAAAGAAGAACAGGGAGAAUGCAUCAAGCGCGCUGCAGCUGGGGCAUCUGGCUAACAGGUGGAACCACAGGUCCAUUAGUCUCUGCUAGAAAAGCCUGGAAUUAGUAAAGGUGUACCGAACACACUGAAUGGGACGGCCGAGCAGCUAGCUGAUGACUCUUCUCCCCUGCCCUAAGUUUUGUAGCAGUCUGUAAUAUACUUUUCUUUGCUAGCAGUCAUUCUUAAAAGUACGUAAAGCAUAAUUACAAGAAAAGAAGCACCAUCUUUGCGUGUAAAACUCCCAUUUUUGUACAUACCAUCAUAAUUGCAAACUGUUUUUGCUCGGUGCAAUUAAGUCUUGAAGCAAAAGAAUGAUGAUUUGGACA